AUGAUGCUGCACGUACGAUCUUCGUGGUGGCUGUUGGUGAUAGUGGCUGUCUCCUGCAUCAUAAACGUCGAAGCAACUACCUUAGAACCUUCCGAUUAUUGGCGAAUGCCACGAGUGUUUCAGUACGAUGAUUACGAUGUCUGCCUCAACGACAACCCCACGAUCGGUUCCGUGUACUGCGUAGUGAAGGCGAUCGUACAUCCGGAUACCCAAUCCGACAUUUGGCACCUGAUCGAGCGAGCAUCGGUCAACUGGAAGCAGAAUCUUAAUCAUGCCCAUCUCGAUCGAGGCCUCUGUCUGCGCGACUGUGAGCAACGGUUACUGGCAUCCGGUGGCCACAAUGACACCCGGCUGCUCGUUCCAAAGCUCGCCACCGACUUCCGGUACACAUUUCUGCCGGGCGCCUUUCGUGGUACGGACGAGUACAGGCGCAACUAUUCGGAGCUGAUGGAGAAGUGCGUCAACGUGGAGCUACUGAGUGAAUAUGGACUUAAGGCACAAACCGAGAUAGAGUACUGUGAUAGCGCCAAUCAAUCGUAUCCCAUCGAUUGGUUAGAGAUCACAUUUAUCCUGAUCACACUGGCGGUGAUCGGUAUUGUGUUCGCCUCUAGCUUGUACGAUCAUCAUUGUAAGACCACAAGCGGUUUGAAUCACUACAAAACGGAUUUACAGUCGCAAUCGCAGAUGUUUCUGGUAUCCUUUUCGAUCAUACGAAACUGGUAUCGCAUCACCUCAAGAACGGAUGAUCAGCUGAGCCACGAUCUGCGAUUCAUACACACCGUUCGAAUGUUGGUUUUCUUGGGAGUCACACUGGGUCACGUGGUGUUCUAUGCCCAACCUCGCACCGCCCUGACCAUCGAGGAGCGCUUUGAUGAUUUGGUAACAAUGAUCAUCAUCAACGGAACGCAGAUAGUCACCACAUUCUUCACCAUUAGUAGCCUAAUGUUGGUAUUGUUCUUCGUGCAGAAGGCAGAGGAAACCAAGAGACAGGUUGGCAUCGUUGAAAUAUUCAUCAUUUCUUUGGCUCGAUACAUACGAUUAACUCCAGUUUAUGCGUUUGUGAUGUUGUUCGAAGCUACGUGGAUGAUACGCUUGGGUGAUGGACCAUUGUGGCGAAAGGGCGUCGAAACUGGCCGUACCUAUUGUCGCGAGAAUUGGUGGACCAAUCUGCUGUACAUCAACAAUUAUUUCAAGGUCGAACAACCGUGCAUGCUUCACACUUGGUACCUUGCAGCCGACUUCCACCUUUUCGUCUACGGUUUAAUCAUCUGUGCAUUGAUCACACGAUUCCCAAAGAUUCGUAACAUACUGAUCGGCACAUUGUUGCUGCUCUGCUACAUUGGCACGUCGGUUAUAAUCUACAUCAAAGAGUAUGAUGCCAUUCCCAUUUUCGCACCCGAGCAUAUUCGAUAUUUCUUCUGGUACUGGAAGGUCUACCAAGACGUCUACGUGCCCACACACAUGUAUCUGCUCAACUACACCUUCGCGAUCGGAUGCGCGUUUUAUUAUAUUCAUUUGUCUAAAAACAGAACCAACUACAAUUGGGUGCUGAAAGUGUCCUGGUUCGCCAGCUGCCUGGUGAUUCCGUCACUAUUUGCCGCUGGAUACAUCUUCUACCGAUAUCGCUUCGACACUCCAUCGAUCUGGAUGGCAUUACUCUUCCCAACCAUUCGAUUAGUUUAUAGCGCAGUUGUUUUCUUCAUAGGCGUAGGAUUGUCCUUCCGCUUUAUAAAGCUUUUAACACGAUUAGCAGAUAUACCGUUCUUCACGAUCCUCGGCCGCCUUACAUACAGUGCCUAUUUGUGUCAUUUGUUCCUCAUCAAAUUCUCGCUGUUCAGCACCAGGAGCUUUUUCCGUUAUGAGAUGAUCGAUAUCGGAUCAAUUUGGGCAGCAUCGCUCUUCCUCUCCUAUCUGGCCGCGUGGAUACUAUGCUUGGUGCUGGAGUCUCCGUUCAUCGCUCUGCAGAGACAGCUAUUCAAACGACAGAUCAAAUCCGACCAAAUGGAACAUUCAUCCAGCAGUGAAGAGACCGGCACCGAAAACAGCUACUGCCAACAAAAGGACGAACCGAACCCGAUGUCACGUGUCAUUUUUAGUCAAAGAUUUUGA